CGCAUGCGCAAUAGUAUCCGGAAACCGAGAUCGCUGAACAGGUUUAGUGACAACGUUCAGUUCAAAAAAAUAUUCAUUUCAGAAUAUUUGAUUUGUUAUAUAGACGUUAUGGCAGAGGAACUACAGGAAAACCUUAAAACCUACAAAUUACAGCUUCAGCAGGUUGAAGCAUCUUUAACAACAGAUCCAGAAAACUCAGAUUUGCUGAAACUAAAGAAUGAUCUCCUGGAGGUCAUCAACUUGACACAAGAGCUGAUAUCAGGUCAUCGUGACACAAGUGCUGUGAGUGGUGAUCAGGAGGAAUUCACAGAUGAAACGUCCACUGAACAGCCUCAGUACUCAUGGAGUGUUGGAGACCGUUGCUUGGCAAUGUUCUCUGAUGAUGGCCAGUACUAUGAGGCAGUUGUUGAAGAAAUACUAGAGGAUGGUGCUUGCACUGUCACCUUCAGUGAAUAUGGCAACACAGAUGUUACUCAGGUUGGCAUGCUUAAACCCAUCGAAGAAGACAAAAAAAGAGUUGCAGAAAGUGCUAGUGGACCAGACGCGAAAAAGAUUAAGUCCAAGAAAGAUCUGAUGGCAGAACAGAGAGAGUAUAAACGCAAGAAGUCUCAGAAAAAAGCCCAACGACUAAAGCAGUUGGAAGAGGAGAGGGAGUCUGAGAAGAACAAGUGGCUUGAUUUUAAUGCAAAGGUAUUUUCAAAGACAACUAAAGGAAAAGUAAAGAAGAGUAUAUUCGCAACACCAGAUUCUAUCAACGGCCGUGUUGGUGUUGGAACUUGUGGUGUAAGUGGACGCCCAAUGACUGCGUACCAGAUGCAAGAAAAGUGGAAGAAGUAGUUGCAGAUGUUGUGCUGUUACAAACUUCAUGUGAAUUUCAAAUUUUCAGUGGAAAUUCAAUGACAGUUGUGUAUGUUCCUUCCUGUCCAUUACUUUCAUAUGUGUGCUGUCUGCUGCAAAAUGGAUUGUAGAGCAGAGAGAUGAUAGAGAGGGAUGUAAGCAUGCUUUUGUGUGUCUGUGUAUGAGUGAGUGCAGCAAUGCACAUUACAAGAGAGUGUAUAUAAUCAAAAAAAUGGUGUGAGCAGAAGUGGGUGAUUGUGCUUGAGUAAGAAGUUGCUUUUAUGCUUAAUAAUUGAAAAUUAAUUUUGAGAAUGCUGUUAUCCAGUUUCUUUUAUUUAAAUAAAUACAUAUUUUUUGAUAUGCUAUGUAAAUAUGUUUCUGGAAUAAGGUGGUAAUGCAGUACACAGCAGCUAUUAUAUUUCUGUUCUCAAGGAAACCAGCUAAAGGGCUUCUUUUGGCAGUUCAUAUUCAUAACGUAAAACCAGACAUGACUCAGUUCAUGGAUGUGUUUCUUUCAUUUUCAGCUCCUCGGGUGUAAUCAUGGAAUGCAUGGCAGGGGAAUUUUUGUGGAUUUUAUGAUGGUCACUUUUUAGGGGGUAAGGGAAUUCCUCAUUUAAAAGUGUUCAUAGACAUUUUACACUAUAGUCAUUUGCCAGAGUAUCAUUGUCAGCAUGAGAAUUAACUGAAUAAAUGUCUGAAUGUCUCUC